UGGCAUCUACACACAUAUAUAGGCACACAUACACAUACACACAUAUAUCCAGAAAUCUGGAAUGAUUUGUUUUAACUUUGCUGUGAACUCAGUCUUCUUUAGACCUUUCUGUAUUUUGAUAAGAUUUUGUUUGUUUUGGCUGAAUUAACUAUUCUGUUGCUUAAAAUCCCCAGAGAAAGUUAAAAUUUUCAUAUCCAAGAUUCCUGCCAAGUCUAUUCCCGCGUCAGUCUUUCCACAAACCCACAGUCUCAGCGACAAAGGUCCUUCUUCCAAUUCAGAAAGUAUCUUUAGGCGGGAUGUACCUUCUGGCACCAUGAGCAACUUGGCCAAGAGUAACACCGACUUGUACCAUCACUACAAGGUGCUGGCCCCCAAGCUGCUGGAGGAAAUCGCAAGGCUCCUGAUCACCUGCAGGAGCUUGGGCAUCGUCAUGCCCAGGGGCAUGAAAAACAUCUUCGAGUUCACAUGGGAGGAGCUUAUCAUGGAGCCCCCCAGCACAUCAGCAUCCAAGAUCUCCGGCCUGGACGUCUGUUUUGGACAGGUCUCUUCUGUGGAGUUGUCUUUUUCUGCCGCCUCCAGGAAGCCCAUGACCAAGAACUCACCAUCGCCCCCAGCCUUCAUCCAACCGAUGCCCAACAGUUAUCGGGUCCUCCAAAAAUUCCAAAAGAAGUCGCUCCACCUGCUGUCUGAACUCCUCUCCCUGAAACUGAAGAUGAUGACAGAGUCCUCGGCAGGUUCAAGCCCCAUGGAUGUUUCAAAGCAGUUUGUUAAAGCCAGCCAACAAUUGCAUCUCAAGGCCAAGGAGAUAAUUUUAGAGUCUAUUCUGGACACAGUUGGACUGGGGAAAGGAGGAAACCAGUCCAACAUCUUCACUGCCAUAGGGGUGAAUUCUCCUUACCAGCUCGUUUUUCAGUCUUCUAAUGCCUGUCUGAGUUUUUCACUCUCUGGAGCAAAAGAAAGGAGAGGAAGCGUCUUAACAAGAGACAGUGUAAUGGCAGAGAAGGCACCUGGGGGCAUUAGCUCCCUGCGAAGGAUGGUGGCAUCAGGCACGAGGGCCCUUGUUACCUCCAUUUUCAUGACCUCAUUGGAUGUACUCAAGGCUUUCUUACGCAGCCAAGCUAUGGCUUCUGAUCUCUACGCAUCCGUGGUGGCAGGAGCUAUGGCCCAACUGGGCACGGUGACUGUGAUCAACCCCCUGCAGUUGCCCAGUCUGUACUGGUUUAACUAUGAGUUAGUGAAGAUGUGGCUCCGUAAGAUGCCAGUCAAGGACCAGACUUUAGUCAGUAUCAGCUUUGUAGCUGGAGCUUUCUCAGGACCAGUUACUGCUCUGCUCACGCCGCCUUUUGAUGUGGGGAAAACUCAGCAUCAGAUGGAGCUGGGAAGUAAACAGAAGUUAUCUGUUGUUGAUGACUCCACAGGAAGACUUACAGGAAGCAGCAGUAGUGAACCUUUUUUGUUUAAUGACCUCUGUCUUCAGGCCCAGGGAAAGCUGCAGGAAAUGUGUCGAAUUAUAGAAGCUGAAAAGAACUCAUGGAAAGGGAAAAGAUUUUCUUCCCCUGUCAUUUUACACAACUACAGUGACAAGAGGUCCAGUUCUCACUCAAUUAUCUAUAAAGGGGACUCGAAGUCUUUCUUACAUUCUACAGCACGCCCUCCUUACCCUGUUGGCCAUCGGUCUCAGAUACUGGACACCAAGUCGAAGAGGGCCUUCAGGUUUCAUUACACCUUCUAUGAUGGGACCACCUUUGUUUUCUAUCCUUCAGGACAUAUUGCUGUGUGUCAGAUUCCUACGUGCUGCAAGGGAAGAUACACAACCUGCAUUUUCAACGAUACACCAAACUUCCCCAUCAUAGGUCUGUUUACUGCUGAAGGCCAUGGAAGUGUGCAGUAUAACCUCAAGAACCACUAUCCAUGUCUGUUUAUGAUGAAUCAUGAGGGAGGGUGUAUAAAAGACACUAUGGGGCAUGCAGUUCACAAAUGGAGUUGGACCUCCAAGAAGCGGACCUUGACAUCAUUAGAGUAUAAGAUGAAUGAACAAAUUAAACUGAAGAUACACAGUCAAGAUUCCAUAAGCAUCACCUUCAGCGCCCUGAAUGAGAAUGUGACUCUAGUCCUUUCACCUACAGAUUGUCCACAUGGAGCACCCCCUGAGAAGCGGUAUUCUUAUAGAAGCAGCGCUGAAGAAAGAACUUCCAAGAUGAUCCGAGCACUGGUUGAGAUUAAGAAACGAUUUCAGAAGACAGUGUCUCAAUUUAUGAAUUCUGUUUUGCUGUCAGCAGGCCUCCUCACAAUAGACUAUCCAGUGAAGGAUGAAAUAGACCUCAGCCGGUUCAAGAAGAAAUCACCAUCCUCUCUACAGUGGAUUCAGAAGUCAGCAUCAGAACCACUUUCCCACACUCAUUCAGUGUUACAUAAUUCUUCUGCGGGGGACUCACUCUGGGAUGAUGCUUCAUCGGCAGUCGUGAGCACUUCUAAAAAGAAGCCUAUCAAAAUCCCACCCACAGUCCCUGAUAGGUCCAAGUCGGCAGGCGUGCCGGACCCGCGGUCCUCCAGCACCUGGGCUUUUGCUCUUGCUGACUGUCCACUGAUGCUCCGAAAGCUGCUGCUCAGACAGGACACUAGCUUUGGCUGCCGAUGCUUGGUGAAAAGCCCCGCACUCACAGAUGUGGAGUUCGAGCGCUUUAUCUCAGCUCCCAGGGACCCCAACCAAAUCCUGGUGCUCUAUGUGAUGACCAUCCAGAGUUCUGCCAACUCGAGCCAUCUGGAGUGGAUCCUGGACACCCUCUAUUUGCACAGUCAGUGCGGCCGGCCCUCCCCUUGCAUUCAGUGUCAGCAUGACCCUUACCGCCUGCUGCGGUAUAAUAUCCAUGGUGCCCUACAGGAAGAUCCACCACUGUUGGUACAGAAGUAUGCAGUCACACCUGGAAUGAUUCUGAUGUUUGCUGGGGGUAAGCUACUCUUUGGGGGCUUUAUCUUCAACGGAUAUGAAUGCUGUAGCAAGAAGAAUCUACUGAAACAGAUUUUCCUGGCCCGCCAACAUUGCAAGAUGGGUUACUUCCUGCCUGACAACUUCAAAUUUAGCACCCUUUCCCCCUUUCCCCAGAACUUGGAUAACUAUAAGGAUCAAGAAGAGGAGGAAGAUGAACAACAGGAAACAAAAGAGAUGCAGCCAGCCAGAGAGGAGAACAAGAAAAAAGACUUAGAUGCUCUGUCAACAAGCAAACACAUGCAGCUAGAGACCCUCAUUGAGUCGACACCAAUGGAUUUAAAGGCCCGUAGGAAGUCAAUGGUGAUUCAAAAGAGGAUGAGCAAGUGGAAGAAAUGAUGCCAUCUAUCUCAGGAAAUUGUAUUUCCCUAAGGAUACCAGUGCCUCCUGAUCAAAGGGCAUGGGGUCCAAACAUAUAUAAGCAGCCUUUAUUAUUAAUUUUUGCUUCUCCUUUCCCUCCACUUUCCUUCCCAAAGGCCUAUUUGGGAGAAUUGUGAGUGGUCAACUUGAGCUUGUGGAAGCUCAAAGUGAGGUCCCAAGAAAGAUCUGGCUAAGCUGGUCUCUCGCUCCCCUUUCAGUGCUAGCGUCCCUUGGAAGCACUGCUGACUAAAAGCCCAAAGAUGAGGGUCCUUCCAAGGUGCCCCUCGAGAACUAGCUUUCUCCUGGGUGACCGAUGAGUUCAAAGACAGAAAUGACCCAUUCUCAAGCUGAAAAUAUAUAGAUAUUAUUAUUAUUUAAUUAAUCAUAGCACAUAAGUUUAGGUUAAAAGCCAAUAAAUUCUUUAAGUCCCUAAAGGACAUUAAUAGGUCUAAGGCUUGGGCAAGGGGGGUGGGAAUUAAAAGUGAAAGGAAAGGGAGAGGGAUAAUAAGAUGAAGUGAUGGGAGGGAAGGACAAAUAAAGGGAGGGAGGAAGAUAGGAAGGA